AGGAGGAGGAGGAGGGAGGCGCGGCCCCGGCCUGGGUGCGGUCCUGUCGGGUCCCCGAUCCCGGAUCUCUUCAAUUUCCCCUCGCCGUGGCUCACUCGCGCGCCGGGAGCGGAGGCGCAGGGAGGCCAAGGGCGAGACAGAGAGAGACACAGAGAGAGGGAGAUUGAAAGAGGUAGAGAGAGGAGGAAAGAGGGAAGGAGAGUGGGAGCAGAAGUAGCAGGAGAGAGAGAGAGAGAGAGAAGGAAAGAAGGAGAGGAAGAACAAGUAGCACGGGAGAAAGAGAAGGAGGAAGAAGGAGAAGGAGGAGCACUAGAGAGACCGGGAAAGAGAGAAGGAGCGAGAAGGACAGUGGGAGAGGGAAAGAAGGAGUAGCAGUAGAGAGACAAGGAAAGAAGAAGAGAGGGAAAUAGAAGGAGGAAGGAGAGAGGAAAGAAGGAUUAGCAGCAGAGAGAGAGAGGUUUAAAGAGGUAGAGAGAAAGGAGGGAAGGGAGAAGGAGAGUGGGAGAGAGGGAGAAGGAGGAACAGUAGAGAGAGAAAAGGGAAGGAAAGAAGGAGAGAGGGAAAUAGAGGGAAGAAGCAGGGGAGAGAGAAACAGAAGGAUAAGAGAGACGGGAAAGACAAGGAAAGAGAGAGGGGAGAAGGAGCAGCAGUAGAGAGAAGGAAAGAAGUUGAGAGGGGAAAAGAGGGAAAGAAGGAGUGAGAACAAGUAGGACGGGAGAAGGAAAGAGGGAAGGAGAAGGAGGAGCAGUAGAAAGAGAAAGAACGAGAGAGAGGGAGCAGAGUGAGGCAAAGCGCGGUGCUUGAGAGUAGCAGGGGAGACGGAGAGCGAGCAAAGGGAAGCCAGCAAGGGAGCAGCAGCCCCUCCUGAGCGCCGGAGCGCGUCGGCCAAAACAAACGGGGGCCUGGCUACUUAUUGGCGGCGCCCGGCGCGGUCCGGCUCAGAGCGCACCUGCUGGAUGGACGGGCGCUGAGCCCUGCCGCUCUGCCGCCCUCCCGCCCGCCCGCCCGCUCGCUCACCCGCUCCCUCUCUCGCCCCUCCGGGAGCCAUGAAGGCGGCGCGCCGGCUGCUGCUGCUGAGCGGGCGGGCGCUGCUGCUGCUGCCGGUGGUGCUGGUGCUGCUGCUGGAGGCGCCUCCGUCGGCGCGCGGGUGCGGGCCGGGGCGCGUGGUGGGGAGCCGCCGGCGCCCCCCGCGGAAGCUGGUCCCGCUGGCCUACAAGCAGUUCAGCCCCAACGUGCCCGAGAAGACGCUGGGCGCCAGCGGGAGGUACGAGGGCAAGAUCGCCCGCAACUCCGAGCGCUUCAAGGAACUCACGCCCAACUACAACCCGGACAUCAUCUUCAAGGACGAGGAGAACACCGGCGCAGACCGCCUCAUGACCCAGCGCUGCAAGGAUCGCCUCAACUCUCUGGCCAUCUCGGUCAUGAACCAAUGGCCUGGGGUGAAGCUGCGGGUCACAGAGGGCUGGGAUGAAGAUGGACAUCACUCAGAAGAAUCACUGCAUUACGAGGGCCGUGCUGUUGAUAUCACCACAUCCGACCGUGACCGUAACAAGUAUGGGAUGCUGGCACGCUUGGCUGUGGAAGCUGGAUUUGAUUGGGUCUACUAUGAAUCGAAGGCUCACAUCCACUGUUCUGUGAAAUCUGAGCAUUCAGCAGCAGCAAAGACAGGAGGCUGUUUCCCAGCCCGGGCACUGGCGACGCUCGAAAACGGGACCAAGGUUCCAGUGUGGGCACUGAGGCCUGGGCAGAGGGUCCGAGCCAUGGACGAGCAGGGCCGCCCCACAUACAGUGAAUUCCUGAUCUUUCUGGACAAGGCGCCUUCUGCACGUACUGCUUUCCACGUCAUUGAGACACAGGAUCCUCCACGCCGCCUUGCCCUCACUGCUGCACACCUCCUUUUUGUGGGGGAGAAUGCCACAGCACCCACUAAGGCUGUUUUUGCCAGCCUUGUUAAGCCAGGACACUACGUGCUGGUGACGGAGGGGGACAAGGUGCAAGCGGCCAGAGUGGCGGUGGUUUCUGUGCAGAUGGACAUUGGGGCCUAUGCUCCCCUCACCCGCCACGGGACUCUGGUGGUGGACGAAGUGGUGGCCUCUUGUUUUGCUUUGGUGCAGGAGCAGCACCUGGCUCAACUAGCCUUCUGGCCCCUUAGACUCUAUUACAGCCUGGCCAGGGGAGAUUGGACCCAACCGGAAGGUGUGCAUUGGUACUCUAUGCUGCUCUAUCACCUGGGCCGCAUGCUCCUCACGUCGGACAGCUUCCACCCCUCGGCUGCAGCACAGUUUGAGAGCUGAACUGAUGCACCAAAUGCUCCCCAUGCCUCCUGGAAGAGGGAGGAACCGGCUUGCCCUCCCAUGAUUCUAGGGAGGGACUGUAUGGAAACCAGCAUCGGCCUGUUAUGGGGAAAAGGUUGGGGCUGCUCAUGCCUUCUAACCUUCCCCAGUGCAAGGGCUGAGAAGAGGUUUCGGUGACUCCUUCUUUGAAUCUGAGAGGGCCUUUUUUAAUUAUUUCUUUUGGCGACAGAAGGGGAAACCCAGCAACAGGGUCCCAUGCUGCUAUUUUAGUUCAAGAGCCUCUGAGGCAUAGCAAGGCGCUGAGAGGAAAGUUAGCCAGGUGGAUGGAGAUAGGAUAUGGUGGCCUUGAAGCCUGGAUGAACAAGGAGGGCCAGAAAUCCUGCCUCACCAUGGGCAGAGUAGAGGAGGAGGGCAUGCAGAAGGCGUCUGGGAGGAGAUGUGCAUGAGACUUCAGUGGGACAUUCUCUAGGUUUCAGCCCAAGAAAGUGCCUUCUUUAGGGCCUCUGCUAUUUAAAAAUAGCCAAUAGAGUGGAAUGCAAAGCCACUGGAAGGUUGUCCCUGGAAGGAUGUUUUCAUUGUCAGUAUAAGAGAAGAGACGUGUGCUUUUUACAGGCAGUCCAUCAGCUGGGCCUGGAUAUGCCAACCGGCCUAGGAAGGAAGCAGUACCAAUUCUAAGGAGAUAGGAGGGGAGUAAGGGUUGUUUCUAAAGCAGUGUCAUUUUGUCUGGAUUACUGUAUUUGUCUUGGGGUACUUCUGCCUUUAAUGAUAACACAGAUUAAAAUUAUAGCUCAUGCACUGAACAAAUGCAGGAAAAUGAAUUAACACGUGGGAGGGGAAAAUGCUCUCCUAUUACCCAACUUCACCAGCCUCGCCAUUUUUGCUUUACACUGUAUUCCACUUUAACUGCCAUAGCAAUUUUCGAUGGAAUCCCUAGAUUCAGAGUAUAGAAAGGAAGGGGGGGGGAUAUCGCAUUCUCGGCUAGUGAUCUCUAACUAUAUGGUCAUUAAAACAGAAUACAGCCCUGUAAUUGUGUAGUGUGAAUGUGGCCACUCCGGACUAUGUUGUUUACCAAUGGGUGACCAACAGAACUUGGAAAGUUAUUAUUUUGGGGCCCUUCCACACAGCCAUAAAACCCAGAAUAUUAAGGCAGAAAAUCCCACAAUAUCUGCUUUGAAGUGGGUUAUCUGAGUCCACAUUGCCAUAUAUUCCAGUUCAAAUCAGAUCAUGUGGGAUUUUAUUCAGCUGUGUGGAAGGAGCCUUGGACUAUAACUCUCCCAAGUCAGGAUGGCUGCUGUAGACCAAGAAAGUUAAUAAUGCUGAAUCCUGGGUGGGUAAUAAUAUCAAUUUAACUAGCAAGAAUUCACCCAUGUGAAGCGUUCUUUAAGGAAGUAAAUCACCCAAAGACACAAAACUGGGAUGGUCCUGUUCAUGGCUGAGCAAAUGGAGGAGAAAAUCUGGGCAAGGCUUGUUCUUUGUCAUUUCUAAAGCCACCCUUUGCUUCUUGAAGGUGCUGGAGAGGUGGGCCCCUUCAAUAUAGCUGAAUAAAAUACAUUAUCUGCUUUGAACUGGAAUAUAUGGCAGUGUGGAUUCAGAUAACCCAGUUCAAAGCAGAUAUUGUGGAUUAUCUGCCUUGAUAUUCUGGGUUAUAUGGCUGUGUGGAAGGGCCCAUGGAUGUCCUACUGAGUUCUCAUUUUCAAUACUCAUAGCUAGAGUUUGGGAAUGCUACUUUUUUGGAUUGUAACUCAAGUAUCCAAUUGCUAUGCUGGCUGGUGAAUUUUGAGAGUUGUGAAAUUUAAAAAGAAUCCUUUUUCCAGCACUGCCCACAGAACCAUGAUAGCAUCACUAGAGCUAUCAUGAAUAUUCUAGUAAAUAAAGUGGUAUUUUAGGUGGAAAUACUGUUCCUACAGUUCAACUACAGUCCCAGAGUGGAACUAUCCACACUUCACUCUCACACAUUCUUUCAUCCCAUCUCCAGCAUUAGCAUUACUGGGUAAAUAUGAGAUUGGGAAGAUGCUGUUGCCAAAAUAACAGGGAAUUUUAUACGUUCAAAAGAUUCCUUCAAGGAUACGACUUCUGUAUAGAAAAAGAAGGCAAUUAUGUCACUAUGUCCUCACUUAUAUUUCUGGAGCACUGCCAAAUCUCUUUGCUGCAUUGGAAAAUGGUGCCUUUGUGCAAAAUCUACCUGUGUUUUCACCCCACCCAUUAGUGUACAUCAGGUUUAUAAAUAGCCCUGCAGUUGAUUGCCUGUGGUGAACAAGAAUUUCUUCUAGAUGUCCAGGCAGAAAAGAGUUUGCUGUUAUUCUCUCUCGGAGUUUCAGUGCGCCAAAAGUGACUAUGAGACAUUUUUGGUGAGUGGACCGUCCAAUAUGUCUUUAUCCAGGGUGAAUAGUUUUUGAGGUACAUGCAGUGUUUUAAUACAUGCAAGCAAUGUCCAAGUUGAAAAUAUUCACAUGCAAAGCAACCCAUAAUGGAGCCAAAGAUGUCCUUGUGUUAGGCCAGUGGUUUUCAACCUGGGGUCCCCAGAUGAUUUUGGCCUACAACUCCCAGAAAUCCCAGCCAGUUUACCAGCUGUUAGGAUUUCUGGGAGUUGAAGGUCAAAAGCAUCUGGGGACUCCAAAUUUAGAACUACUCAAGGCCUUUCCUUAAAGCUAUAAUGUGUGUAUCUAGAGCACUUUCUACCAGGAAGAACCAGGACCUUCAUUUCCUCUCAAUCCAACACCAGCAUUUGUUCCUCAGCUCAGUCACCAGGACAAAACGACUGGUAACCACAGCUAGCCAUUGCUAUUUGCAUUGCUCAUGAGGCCUCCUGCACAAACCUAAUGCUUAGUUAUGGAAGAUGGGUGCAGGAUGGGGGAAGUGUUUGCAGUGUAUCUCCCUCCUGCAUCAGAUUGCAUUUAUUUAUUUACCUGCCCUUGGCAGGGCUCUCAGAAACAUUGUCCUGGUGGGUAGACAUCAGCAACAUGAGACCAAAUGUGAGUGGGGUGGUAUUUUUUUUCUUUUUUAAUAAAAGUAUUUAAGAAUUGUUUCAGAAAAGCACAGCUGUUGUGGGACCAUGGGGAAGGGGGGGGGCAAGAGGGUAUUACAAACAUUUGUCUCUUCACUGGAUGUAUAUUUCCCAAACAGGUGAGAAGUCCAAUAAAUCUCUUGAUCCAC